GAAGGCUUAGAAUUAAUCACCAUGACCAUUACAAUAUCAUUCUCAUAAUGUCAUCUAUUAGCAGAAGUUAGUUUUAUUCAGUAAAAUUAUCAAGAAUCCAAGAAUUUACAGUUAUAAUUAGACCAAACAAAAGAUAAACUAUUUUCCUGAAUUUUAAAAAUAUUCACAUUCUCCAAAGUGAAUUGCAAAUGCAGAUAAGCUACUUGAGAUUUUUAGAGUUGGAACUCAUAUUUCAUGGUGAACAAGUGACCUUAGAUCAAGCCGCUUUUUUUUUUUUUAACCCCUUCUCAGUAUGUUUUUUCACUUGAUCGGCUUUUGAUCCUUCCAUCUCUUAUCCAUCUCAAAAGGCGCAAACUUCUUCCUGCUUCAAACAAGAGAGAAGCAGCAGCGUGAACAAUGGCUCUCUUAAUUUCAUAUCCAGCAUCCACAGUGUGCAUUAGCUGCUCCACAUCUUCCCAGAACCCGGCAAUUUCGUCUCCUUCCCUUCUGAAAAAUCUCAAAAUCCCUCGUUUCUGGCCUUGGCAAAAGGUAAAGAUAGGCCCAUUGGGUGUAUCUCCGAUGGGGUUUGGGACGUGGGCUUGGGGUAAUCAGCUGUUAUGGGGUUAUCAAGAAUCAAUGGAUAAUGAGCUUCAGCAGACUUUCAAUCUUGCUGUUGAAAAUGGGAUUAAUUUAUUUGAUACGGCUGAUUCUUAUGGCACUGGGAAGUUGAAUGGACAAAGCGAGAAGCUUCUCGGGAAGUUUAUCAGCGAGUUUGAAGGAAAUAAGCAGCUGCGGGACAACAUCGUGAUUGCUACAAAAUUUGCUGCUUAUCCAUGGCGUCUAACACCUAAUCAAUUCGUAGAUGCCUGCAAGUCUUCAUUAGACAGGAUUCGGCUUGAUCAAAUUGGAAUAGGACAACUGCACUGGUCAACAGCAAAUUAUGCUCCUCUGCAGGAGCGAGCUCUUUGGGAUGGUUUAGUGGCAAUGUAUGACAAGGGAUUAGUACGAGCGGUUGGUGUGAGCAAUUACGGACCAAAGCAGCUACUAAAAAUACAUGAUUACCUUAAGGCUCGAGGGGUGCCCCUCUGCUCUGCUCAGGUGCAAUUUUCAUUGCUGAGCAUUGGAAAAGAUCAGCUAGAAAUCAAGGAUAUAUGCGACUCUUUGGGUAUUCGUGUAAUUGCUUACAGUCCUUUGGGACUUGGCAUGCUUACUGGAAAAUAUACCCCCUCCAAUCUUCCAAGCGGACCACGGGGGCUUCUGUUUCGGCAAAUUUUACCAGGACUUGAACCGCUGCUGAAUUCUCUUAAAGAGAUUGCACAGAGGAGACGCAAAACCAUUUCACAGGUUGCUAUAAACUGGUGCAUCAGCAAAGGUACCAUUCCAAUCCCCGGAGUGAAGUCGAUAAAACAAGCUGAGGAAAACUUAGGCGCCCUUGGUUGGCAACUUACUUCAGAUGAGCUGCUGCAGUUAGAAUAUGCAGCUCUUGAAUCUCCGCGCAAGAUGGUUCAAAACAUCUUCCAGACAAGAUAAAUCCAAGAGAAGAGACCCCUACUGGAGCAAGGCACAUCCUGAUUGAAUUGCCAUAAAAUCGAAAGGAUCACCAAUCAACUUGAUUAUUUUCGUCCAAAUGUGGCAAUCUCGAUUUCAACCCCGACUUGAUGGGCAACAACAUAAGAACCAGCGGCUGGCAGAAUUACAGAUUCUAAUGGGCAGAUAUGUUAAUUGAAGCUAUAGCAGUAGCUCCCAAACUUCUGUAGUCUCAUUAGAGGUGAUUGUCCUCCAGAACCAAAACGAACCUCACUAAUGAGCGAAGUAAAAUUCAGUGUAGUUGAGCGCUUGCUGUUAUCAGAGACCUUAUGGGUGCAAAUGAACAUACCGGAUUAAACCACCCAACAAUCUCACGCAAACCAAAUUUUGAUA